AUAUAUAUUUCUCUUUUCAUUUUCACUAUCCUUUUCUCUCUCCACAACUUUCCCUGAAAACUGAGCUUUUCUCUCUAGAAAAUUGAAAAGAGAGGAAACACUUUCUUAUUAAUAACUGCGUGGCCUGUCCUAAAGGCCUCUUUGGGAUCUACUUAGCUUCUCUACUGGAUAGAGAUUGCAGAGAGGACUGCGAGACUUCCAUAUAGAUUGAUAGAUACAGUGAGAGAGAGAGAGAUAUACAGAGAGAGCACAGCAGGAGUGGACAUCAAAGUAGACAGAAUUCAAAUAAUUUUGUUUCUCAUGAAUUGGCCUAAACAGCUACUCAUGGUUGGGAGAUGAGUAGGGUAUCUAGCAGGAGGGCGUCGCAAUCAAUUUAUGAUGGCAUGAAACUUAACUUAAAUGCAAGGAUUCGAUUGGUAUCUGAUGAUCACAGCUAAUGUUGGAACUUGCUGCUAGCUGGCCUUCAUAUUAAUUCUGACAUGGGGAGAUUUCACUGAUUUGAUCAGUUCAAUUGCAUUUCCCAGGGCUGCAAGUCCAGCAAUAUCUAUGCUGUUGUUUGAUACACUGUUCCUGCUUAUUAAUGUGCUCUAAAGAAAAUGGAUUUGACUUUGGCUUUGCUGAUUCAAAGCAUGUUUUGUUGAGUGACUCGCUAGUGUUUCAUUGAAUAUUCAGUGAUAGGUGGAACAAACUAUCGGAGAUGCAGAUUUAAGCAGCAAAUAACAAUGUAAUUGAUUUGCUCAUUAUUCAUAGAAGGGGUUGUUAUUUUAUACGGAACUGCUAUUUAAGUAUCAUCUUGCUCUGGGACAUACAUUUUGAUUGUAGUACCAAUGAAUAACAUGGAGUCUGAGUUUGUGAAUGCUAACCACAUGCCUGGUAUUCUUCAUCGGCUGCUUCCUGCUGUUGGACCUGGACUUCUAAUUGCAAUAGGAUAUGUUGACCCUGGAAAGUGGGUGGCAACUGUCGAAGGAGGUGCUCGUUUUGGGUAUGAUCUAGUGCUUCCUAUGCUCAUUUUCAAUUUUGCUGCUAUUUUAUGCCAAUACCUCUCAGCUCGAAUUGGUGUGGUCACUGGAAGAGAUCUUGCCCAGAUUUGCCAUGAUGAGUACGACAAGUUCACGUGCAUGUUUCUUGGAGUUCAAACAGCACUUUCUGUGAUUGCAUUGGACCUAACUACGAUCCUUGGCAUUGCACAUGGUCUUAAUCUUCUCUUUGGGGUGGACUUGUCUACCGGUGUUUUUUUAACUGCUGUUGAUGCUGUUUUGUUUCCACUUUUUGCCACCCUCCUGGAGAGAUGCAGGGCAAAUUUCCUAUGCACAUGCAUGGCAGGCUUUAUAUUGCUUUUUUAUUUUUUUGGAGUGCUUGCCAGUCAAACAGAAAUCCCACUUUCCAUGAAUGGGAUGCUGAUAAAGUUAAGUGAGGAAAGUGCAUUUGCCCUGAUGAGUCUUCUUGGAGCGAAUAUUAUGCCUCAUAAUUUUUAUCUCCAUUCAUCUUUUGUGCUGCAGCAUCAGGGUCGUCAGAAUAUUUCUAAGGAUGCCUUGUGUCAUCACCAUUUUGUUGCCAUCUUAUGCAUCUUUAGUGGCAUUUUUUUUGUGAAUUAUGUCCUUAUGAACUCAGCUGCAAGUGUGUUCAACAGUACUGGCCUUGUUUUGCUCACUUUUCCUGAUGCAAUGUCACUAAUGGAACAGGUGUUCAGAAGUCCAAUGGCACCCCUUGCCUUUUUAACCAUUUUGUAUCUUACAAAUCAAAUCACAGCAUUAACCUGGAAUGUUGGUGGGCAAGUAGUCUUACAUGAUUUCCUCAGACUAGAUAUACCUAAUUGGCUUCAACAUGCUACAAUCAGAGUUAUCGCUAUUGUUCCAGCUCUUUAUUGUGUAUGGACUUCAGGAGUGGAAGGAAUAUACCAGUUGCUUAUUUUUACACAGGUUAUGAUUGCACUGUUGCUUCCAUCUUCUGUGAUUCCACUUUUCCGGGUGGCAUCAUCAAGGCCAAUAAUGGGUGCCUACAAAAUUUCUCAGCUUUUGGAGUUUUUAGCAUUGAUUACUUUCAUGGGUUUGUUAGGCUUAAAGAUUAUAUUUGUGGUAGAAAUGAUUUUUGGUGACAGUGAUUGGGUUGGUAAUUUGAGGUGGAACAUAGGUAGUGGUGCAUCUGUUGCUUACAUUGCACUUCUCAUCACUGCUUGUUCGUCAUUUUGUUUGAUGCUUUGGUUAGCUGCAACACCAUUGAAAUCUGCAACUCACAUAGAAGCUCAGGUGUUGAACUGGGAAGUACCCAAUUCACCUGAACCAUCUACGUGGAGGGAGGAAAUUUUUUUACCUGAAAAUCUACGUGAUGGAGUGGAACCCAUUCAAAAUCAGGAACAAUUACCAGAACCUGGGAAUUCCAUGGAGAGUUAUUCAGAUAUGACUGGUGUACAUGCUGAACCCAAUUUGCCUGAGACAAUUAUGGAAUCUGAUCAGGAACUGCAUUUGAAAACUAAUAAUGAAAGUCAUUCUGAUGUUAAGUUUCAUAGCCCGCCAAUAACCUAUCAAGAGGAAUCAACUUCCACAAUAGACACAGUAUCAGUGUCAACUUCUGUUGAUGAAGUUGUUGAUGGUGACCUGCCAGACACUGCAAUGGUUAAGGUUGAGUCGAUGGAACCAAUUGAAAAGACUUUGAGGAUAGAGGGAGAUUUGCAGGCUGAAAAGGAGGAUGAUGAGGGAGACACUUGGGAGCCUGAAGAAUCAUCCAAAGUGGUUCCUGGAAGCACUUCAUCUCUGACAUCUGAUGGUCCACCAUCAUUUAGGAGCCUAAGCGGAAAAAGUGAUGAAAGUGGGAAUGGUGCUGGAAGUCUUUCGAGAUUAGCUGGGUUGGGGCGAGCUGCAAGGCGCCAAUUAGCUGCAGUUCUUGAUGAAUUUUGGGGACAGUUGUAUGAUUUUCAUGGGCAAGCAACUCCAGAAGCGAAGAAUAAGAAACUGGAUGUGUUACUGGCUGAUUCAAAGCUUGCAUCUGCCUCAUUGAAAGUGGAUAAUGCUGGAAAGGAAUUUAGUGGAUAUUACCCACCUGUAGGUGGCAGAGGAACUGAUUCUAUGAUCAAUACGAGAUUAUGUGAUUCCCCCCAGCAGCUGAGGGUGCAAAGCAAUAUGGACUCGUCAUAUGGGGUUCAGAGGGGAUCAUCCUCAUUGUGGUCCGGCCGCAUGCAAUUGCUGGAUGCAUACGUGCAAGGUUCCAGCCGCAAUGUUGUUGACUCUUCUGAGAGGCGGUAUUCUAGUGUGCGCACUCUCCCUUCUUCCGAUGGCUGGGAUAAUCAGCCAGCUACAGUGCAUGGUUAUCAGAUUGCAUCUAUAGUCAACAGAAUUGCCAAGGAUAGAAGUUCCAAUUGUGUGAAUGGCCAGAUGGAGUCCCCAGCUCCAAUAUCCCCAUCUUUGGGCCCUGGAAACUAUAGGGGCCCACUUGCAGUUGCCUUGGGGCAAAAAUUGCAAAAUGGAUUAAGUUCUUCACAAGCCUCGAGGUAUCAGAACUUUGCUGCAUCUGGAAAUAGCCCACUGCAGUCUGAAUUACCAUAUUAUGAUGUUUACUCUUCUGGAUCUGCUGACAACACAGGGAUGUCAGCCAAUACGAAGAAGUAUCAUAGUUUGCCUGACAUUUCAGGGCUUUCUUCUGGUCCUUAUAGGGAUAUAUAUAUGUCUGAAAAGAGUACUCAGUGGGACAAUACAGUUGGAUUUGGAGCAACUGUUGGGAUAACAAGUUAUGAACCUUCCUUCUAUUCAAAUAGUGGAUCAGGAGUGCGAGGUUCUAUGGCUUUUGAUAAUGUAUCAAAAGGAUAUGGAGAUGCUUUUUCCUAUUCUAUGAGUUCAGACCAUGGAUCCAUCUGGUCCAAACAGCCAUAUGAGCAGUUUGGCCCUGUGGAUAAAAGUCGUGUUGUUGGGAGUGGAAUAGGAAAUAGGUCAAAUUCAAGUACUCAAGAAACUUUCUCUCUUGUGGAUUCAGAGGCCCAGCUUCUUAAAUCAUUCAGAUGUUGUAUUGUUAGGCUUUUGAAAUUGGAAGGGUCUGAUUGGCUGUUUGGGCAAAAUGAUGGAACUGAUGAAGAUCUAAUUGAUCGUGUGGCUGAGAGGGAGAGAUGUUUGUAUGAAGUUGAAACAAGAGAGAUAAACCGCAUGGUUCACAUGGGUGAGUCUCAGUAUUCCUAUUCUGACAGGAAGCCAAGUUCUGUAUUGAAGAAUGAUGAGGCUGGUAUAGCCAACAUUCUGGUUUCCUCAGUUCCUAAUUGCGGGGAGGGCUGUGUUUGGAGAGCAGAUUUGAUAACAAGCUUUGGGGUUUGGUGCAUACACCGCAUUCUUGAUUUGUCACUCAUGGAAAGCCGGCCAGAGUUAUGGGGAAAAUACACUUACGUGCUUAAUCGUCUCCAGGGUAUCAUAGAUCUGGCAUUUUCAAAGCCCCGUAGUCCAAUGUCUCCAUGCUUCUGCCUUCAACUCUCUGCAGCAUAUCAGCGUAGGUCAAGCCCUCCUGUGGUGAAUGGAAUGUUGCCUCCUGCUGCAAAACCAGGGAGGGGGAAAUGCACUACUGCAGCAACGCUUUUUGACUUAAUCAAGGAUGUAGAAAUUGCCAUAUCUUGCCGAAAGGGUCGAUCAGGCACUGCUGCCGGUGAUGUGGCUUUCCCAAAGGGAAAAGAAAAUUUGGCUUCUGUGCUUAAACGAUACAAGAGGCGAUUAUCAAGCAAGCUGAAUGGGAAUAAAGGAGGGAUGUAGGCCAAAGCAAGAUUGUGAGUCUGCCUCAACUGGGUAAAUAUAGGGCUGUUUGAUUUUGAAAAUCAGAUAAUACUGUGAUGAGAAGUUCAGUCAUGGGGCUCUCUUUCUCAUGUGUAUUAAAAAGUCAAUGUGCUGCAAGUUUUACAUGGUUUUAUGUAAUGUAUACAUAUGAUAAAAGAUUUAAGGGAUGCGUAAUUGCAGCAUAAUUAAAGAAAUGGGUAGAAAGGUGGAACUUUGAUAAUAACGCACUUUCUGGUUUUUGUCACUUUUAAGGCAAUGUGGAUUAUUGCGUUGGGUGGGGGAAAAUACCUGUACUUGAUCUCUAUCCUCCUAAAAUCGUAUAUGUCUCGAGUUCCGUGACUGACAAACUGACAAUGUUACUGUCUUUUUUGAGUUUA